AUGCCGGUCAAUGCCGGUCUAAGUAUGAUUUCCAGGGUCAACCGGUACAGGGAAACCGAUCACGGAGCGCGGGGCAGCGACGUGCGCAGACACAAAUACCGCGGCCGACAUUCCAAACCCCCCGGAGCGGAGCAGCAGUGCCUCAAGUCUUCGCCCAGCAACAGCCGGGAGUGCCGGAUUGGAGCCGGCAACCUCCCGCACAAUAGUGGAGUUGUUCGAGCUUAUCGGAGGUGGUCCACACCACUUAACCUGACCCCUGACUCAGCCUAUGUUGCAGGGAUUGUUAUGCGAGUUGAAGCAUCUAAAGAGGCCUCAGGUGGAUUCCGGCGAAAAACAUACGCCCUUUCCGUGAACCCCUACCACAACCAUCCGGGCUCCAUUCACUCCCUGUACCCCCCCACCGCCAAGUCCCGGCUUUCCAUUGGCCAGCGGGGAGGCGGGAUCUCCGCACCGCCGCCUCUCAUUGGCUUAUGUUUUCCCGCUGCGGCUUUAGAGGGGCGGGCUCUUCGCUCGGCUGUGCGCGCUGAUUGGCGGAGCGGGAGGGAGGGCGGGCAGCGGCGGCGGAGCGUUCCCGGCGUGCACCGCGCGGCUGUGGGGAUACUGGGAGCACCAGUGGAGGGAUACCGGGAGGUGCCACCAAUGGCCGAGCAGCCACCAGGGACUGGUCUCAUCCCCCCAUCACACUUCAUGCUCCCCCCCCCUGAGCCCAGCACCAGCAGGCCCCUGGGGGCGGAGCUUGAAGCUGAAAGGAGGCGGGGCCAAGCCCUGGGGGCAGAGCUUGAGGCUGAAAGGAGGCGGGGCCAAGCGCUGGAGGCAGAGCUUGAGGCUGAAAGGAGGCGGGGCCAAGCCCUGGAGGCGGAGCUUGAGGCUGAAAGGAGGCGGGGCCAAGCCCUGGAGGCGGAGCUUGAGGCUGAAAGGAGGCGGGGCCAAGCCUUGGAGGCAGAGCUUGAGGCUGAAAGGAGGCGGGGCCAAGCCCUGGAGGUGGAGCUUGAGGCUGAAAGGAGGCGGGGCCAAGCCUUGGAGGCAGAGCUUGAGGCUGAGAGGAGGCGGGGCCAAGGCCAGGGGGCGGAGCCUGUUGAGGGGCAGCCCCUGGAGGGCCAAGCCCAGUUGCUGCUCCAGGCCCGGCUCAGCGCCAUGGGCCACAUCCUGGCCCUGCAGGAGAAGGAGCUGAGCCGUGAGCUGCCCCCCCCCGGGGUGCCGGUGGCCAUGGCCCCCCCCCGGCUGCGCCUGCUCUUGGGGUGCUGGAGGGAGAAGGUGUUCAGGCUCCUGCUGCAGCUGCGGGUGCAGGAGGAGCUGCAGCGGGUGCUGCGCGCUCAGGUGGGCACCCUGGGGGCCGCGGUGGCGGCGGGGACCCGGCGGGUGGCGCGGCUGGAGCUGAGCCUGAGGGAGAGGACGGGCAGAGCCGAGGAGCAGCGACUGCAAAGCCAGCGCCUGGCACAGGAGGUGACCCAGCAGCGGGGACGGGCAGAGGCGGCUGAGGAGGCACUGGGGGAACUGGCCCGGGCGGCUGCCAGGCUCGCCGGGGUGGUGGCAGCGCACGAGGCCGCGGUGGCAGCAGCCACCAGGACCAUGGGCACCCUCAGCACCCGCCUGCGCCGCGCGGGACAGAGGCUCCGGGUGCUGCAGGGGCUGGUGGCUCCAGUGGUGGCCUUGGACCAUCCACGGUGGCUUCAGGACCCGGCGGGUGACAACCCGGUGGCCGAGGUGACAGGCAGCAUCCAGUCACUCAUGGGGACAGUGGCCAAGGUCCGGCGCGGCGUGGUGGCCUUGGAGGAGGUGACACGGGAUGAGGUGACGCCAGAUGAGGCCACCCUCCGUGAGGACAGGAUGGGGCCCCCCCCCAGCAGAGCUGCGCUGAGCUCCCUGGUGACACAGCUGCAGGCUCUGGGUGCCACCAUCCUUGGGGACAACGUGGACCCCCCCUGACCCGCUUUGCCCCUUUUUUUGCACCGUUUCAGCCCAUUAAAGCUCGUGGGGUGACAUC